AUGGAUAUAACAGAUACGGUGCUGUCCUACCCCUCCCCCCGUCUCCCCAUCCCAGGAGUGCAACCCACUGGGCAUCAAGUUGUCACAGCCACAGUCCCGGUAUUUAUACUCGAUGUAUCAGUAUGGGGGUUACCCACCCGUCCCCAGUUCAGUGUGUUUCGCGACUCUUUGGAAAUCGAAAGGGCUUCUGAAGACGACGGGGGAACUGCACUGGGACUCCGGAGUCUGGGGUGCUGGUACACGGUGGAGAGAGGGUGCACGACGGUAAUGACUCUGCGGGAGACGGUGAGUUCGAUAGCAGACGGUGUCGCUGGGCUGGCGGGUCUGGAGGGGCAGGGCGGGCGCGAUACACCGGGGAAAGGUGAACAGCGGGGGGAUGGCGGUGGUGCGUGGUCGCCUGGUAGGGACGAUGAUGAUGCCCCCGGGGAACAGUUUUUCACGUCGCCGUCGUCCGCGGCGAGUCUCAGUUCGCUGAUCUUUGAGCGCAACGUGGAAGAUCCCUACGGGUCCGUCUCCGCGCUCGGGCAGCAGCAGCAGUUGCCGCAGCCGACACUCAGCAGGAACGGGUCCAUGUUGAACCUCUCGCGGCGUGCGAGCCACAAUAACCUCCCGGCAAGGAAGUACAGUAGUGGUGGUGCUGGCGGUGCCGCACAAUUCUCAUCACAUACAAGCCUCUCGAAUUUCAACUAUGCGGUACCAUUGGGGGCACUACAGAGAACCGCGACGGGGGCCAGUUCGAACGCGUCAGAGUAUACACACCCACAACUGGAAAGGCAUCACACACUGGAGAAUUUUGUGCCACCGGCGCUCGAUGAGGGGUGUUCCCUCGUUGCUGACAGGGACACAAACUUGGAAGACGUCAAUAUGGUGUAUUCGAAGAGACCGUCUACUCUGGGGCUGGAUAUGGCAUUGGGGCGUACAAGAAGUUACUCCGGGAUCACCGCCAACGGCAGGUCGUCUCCGAGUCUGGCACGGUCAUACUCAAACACAAACGAUUUGGGCGUCGCGCGUGCCACUACAAGACAGUUCAGACCAGUAUCCUACGCGGACCUCUUGUACAACGAGAACAAUAAUCAGUCCCCGGGGGCCUCUCCGCCCACGGAGCCACGCCCUGCUCUUCUGCCGCACUUCUCGUACUGCUCUGGGUCCCCGUCACCACCGACAAGCAGCACACACGACACUAAAUUCCAUAACCCUUUUGUGACGAGGCGGUACUCCAGUAACGGCGGGAACAACGGUGUACCCACACUCACGCGGGACGACCGUCUAAGGAGACCCCUGACGUGUGGUACGCCCCCCACGCCCGCACAAGUGCGGACGGCUAGGAACGGGAGACGACCUUUAAAGUUCCAUUUAGAGUCUAGUGGCAGUGAGGAGUUAUCCACUGAUGAGGAGGUCGACCCAAACGCGGAGGCCGUAGUGGACGCGCAGCAGCAGGUGCAGGACAUCGGCACGUCUCUUCACGCACCGGGGGUCCAUAACAGUAAAUUGUCCAACUCUAACUCUACAAUCAUAGCAUUGAACAGCGAGAGGAAUAAAGUACCGGAUCAAUGA